AUGGAUCUUCGGCUUCUGCUGCUGCGUGUCUGGGCACAGCUUGGUAUUGCAAUCGUCAUGUGCUCCUUUCGAGAUAUCGAUCCUUUGGAUGCAGGCCAUCCCAAUUUUUCCCGGCAAUUUGCGAUUGCCGCCGCCCCCAUGCGGUCAAGGCAAACUGCAGCGGAAGCAGAUGGCCGCAAGACCACACAAGUUGUCAGUGCAGUGUUUGCCUUGUUAAUGAGUUCGUGGACAAAUUGGAAGGAUCUUGCUCUCAGAGUGGUUGUGAUUGACACGCUGGGUCACUUAAGCUUGGUGAUUCCGAAGGACCAAUUCUUGACCAACGCUGACGCGUUGCUUGAACACAUCAUUUCCCUUCUUUCCAAGCAGGGAUUAGCAUCUUCCGCGAGUCCUAUGCCACCCUUUGCACUUAUGCGAGGCACGUGCCUCACCUUGCAGGCUUGUGUAGAUGCAGAUCGGGAGCUGCUAACCAUUGAGAAGCUGAGUUGCAAGCAGUACUGGAACACGCUGCAGACGCUUUGGUCUGGACUCUUCAGUGCUGUCGUGGCUGGUGGGCCCUUGCAGUACCUCCAGGGCUUGGGCCAAGAAGCCUUGCAAAGCCAGGCGGAGCUUCUGCGAUGCAUGGAUGUCUUAGCUGAGAACUUUGGCAAGGAAAGCUUGAACUUCUUGUUGCAGAAGGUGAAGGGACACCGAGAGGAGCGCUUGGCAGCGCUACUGGUGCUGCGGCAACUGGCAGCUGGUCCUCUUGCUGGCACAAUAGUGGAAGGUGUGCAGCCGCUUCUUUCUGACUCAGACGCAGCAGUUGGUUUGAUGCUUGGAGAACUCCUGGUUGCAUCACCGACACUCUUGGAGGUUACUGGUGCAAGACAAGCUCAUGUCAACAAUCUCAUUGGUUUUGUUAUCCGCCUGACAGCUCGGGCUCAGGCCUCAGAAGGUGAACAUGCUUCAGGUUACAUCCCGAAGUUUGUGUCAAAGGGAUACUCUCACAAUGAUGCACCCAGUGCUGAAGAAGUGCGCAAAAGGGCGGGCUCUGUUCUUGGGCAGCUUGCUGGAGCUUCCAGGACCUCAACAAAUCUUGUCUUGUGGCCGCUAUUGUUGAAAGCCUUGAUCAAUCCCUCCAUGCUUUUGGGCUUGCCAGUGCUCUGCCGAUGCGUGACACAGAUGGUGCAGUCAGAGAGGGAUGCUGCGGAGCAGGGCGCAGUGUCCUCCGGAGGAAUCCGCGAAGCCAUUCAGAAAUUUGGACAGUCAGAAGUCCUUCUGCUUUGGAUGCUUAUUUGUGCGCACGCACCUACCGAACCACCUGGGAUUGGCAUCAGCAUCCUCCGCUGCCUUGAAUCCUUAGCUACUUUUCUUCAUCCGGUUCUCGGGCAGAUUUGGGAGGCUCCAUCAAAACGACUGCAGACAUUGUGCGGUCAUUUAGAGGCCCGUACUGAAAUAGCCUGUGCAUGGGCUUGUUUGAAAUGCCCUGGUGGCUUUUGGAAGUUUUUCAGAAGAGCCUUUGGACCGCAAUAUUAG